AUGCAUAAAUAUUCUUUAAAUAAUAAUGACACAGUUACAUUGGCAGCAUUAGGAGUCCCAACAUCAAGAGCAUUAUCACUAGUUCAUACACCAAAACGUAAAGUGAUAAGAGAGUCGAUAGAAACAGGGGCGAUUGUUUGUAGAUUGGCACCAAGUUGGAUAAGAUUUGGUAGUUUUGAGAUUUUUUAUCAUAGAAAAGAGAAAAAAGAAUUAUUACAAUUGGCUGAAUUUGUUUGUGAACACCUGUAUAACAUUAAUAGUGAAGGCGAUGGUAAUAAUGACAAGUACGGGAACAAGUUUGGUAGAUUGUUUAAUGAAGUAUCAAAAAGAACCGCUUUAAUGGUUGCAAAAUGGCAAGCUAUAGGGUUCUGUCAUGGUGUUAUGAAUACUGAUAAUAUGUCUAUCCUUGGUUUAACCAUUGAUUAUGGACCAUAUGGAUUUUUAGAUGUUUAUAAUCCAGGUUGGAUAUGUAAUCAUUCUGAUUAUGAGGGAAGAUAUUCAUUUAAAAAUCAACCAGUAACUUGUUUAUGGAAUUUAUUACAGCUGGGUAUAACAUUUCAAGAAUUAAUUGGUUUGGGAAAUGCUAUUGACAGUAAUGAUGAAAACACUUUACAAAAAGGCGAGGAAAUCAUUGAUUUGAUAUUGGGAGAAUUUCAAGAAAAUUUUCUUAAAGAAUAUGAAAAUUUAAUGUGUAAAAAAUUAGGAUUUAACACAAUGGAAUCAGAUGACUUGGACAAUAUUAUAACUCCAUUAUUAAAUUUAUUAUCAGCUCAUUCAAUAGAUUAUCAUCAUUUUUUUUAUUCGCUUUCUUCGUUCUCAAUUCUCAACUUUUCUUCUUCGGUCAGUGGUGAUGGUUCCCUGCCAGAAAAUAUUAUAAAAACACUAUUGACGCAAAAAACUCAAAAAGAAGUAAACUCAAAAGAGAAGGAGAUGAUAUUGAAAGAUUUUCAAGGAUGGUUUUUGGAAUCAUAUUUGAAAAGAUUAAUAAAAGAAAAUCAAAAUUUUGAUGAAUCGUUGGAAAGAAAUAGGAUUAUGGCGAUGAAACAAACCAAUCCAAAAUUUGUGUUAAGAAAUUGGGUACUUGAUGAGGUUAUUAAGAGAGUUGAGAGAAAUAAUGAUGUUGGUGUUGAUGUGUUGAAAAGAGUUUUGAAAAUGUGCCAAGAACCUUUUAAUGAGACUUGGUGUAGUGAUGAUGACUCUGUUAAUAAUGAGGAAAUAUUGAAAGAGGAAGCAAGGUUUUGUGGAAUUGUUCCUGAGGCAAGUUUUUUUUUGGAAUUUUUUAAAAUAGAAUUUGAAUUUGACUUUUGGCUUUACCAUUAUACUAAUCAUAAUUCUCUCUAUCAUUAUAUGAAAUAA